AUGCAAGAUAAUAACAUAGAGAGCAUUGAGAAUCAGAAUAUUAGUGUUGUCAAAGUAUUAUAUCAUAAUAUUUAGUUUUCGAAUGAUGAUUAGUCUUCAUAAGGUCAACCAAGAAUAGAAAAAUCUGUAAAUAAUCAACAAGAACAUGAAAAUUCAAUGUUUUUAAUAGAACAUAGAGAUGAUUAUAAUAUGGAAUAGUAAAAUCAUGAAGUUGUUCGUAAACUUUCAGAGUAAGAAAUAGAAAUCAUACAAUUUGCCGAUCAUAAAGAUAUGUUUUUUGGCAAUAAUUAAGCAGAAGGUGAGAAUGAAUUUAAAGAAUAAAAAAAAGAAAAAAUUAUUAUAUAAAAUAUAGGAGUUCCAGAAUAUAAUCAUAAUUCACAUUAAUAUGAUAAUUAAUAUCAUAGAAAUAUUGCUAUAAUUUAGGAACCAAUUUAAUAAAACUAUGCUUAAAAUCAAUACAUAAAUUAAUAGCCGAUUAUUAUGACUCAUCAAUAGGCAAUGAUUCCAAAUUAAUAAUAAAAUACUCCAAUUUAGCUGACUGAUUAAUAUUAAAGAGAAUAAAAUUAGGAAAUAGGGAACGAAAAAAAGAAUAAAAAAAAGAAAAAAUUAGAUUAGGAAAAUAGUGAUUUAUAUUAUUAAAAUAAUGUUGUGGUUGUACCAGUAAACUAAAAUGAAGCUGCAGAUAAUACUAUAGUUAAUUUAGGCUCUAAUAUAUCAGCUUAUUGUUGUCUAGGUUUGCUAAAUAGAUCUGAUAAUUGUUGUUAAUGGAUUUGUGAUUUAUUGGUUUAUUGUUUAAGUUGUCCUAUAAUUAUGCUUAAGAAACUAAUAAUUUUGAUUUGGGAUGGAUGUCUGGAAGGAUUAUGUUCAAAUUUGUGUCCAAAUUGUCAUAAAUCAUGUAAUACAUGCUGUGGACUUUCAUCUUUCAAUUGUGGUAAAAUAAAUUGAAAUAUAUUAAGUUAGAUGUUAUAAUAGUUUGAAAAGGUACUCAAAUUCUAUUUGCACAUAAUUAUGUUGUUGUGUAAACUGUACAGUUUUUAGUAAAGAAUUAUUAUAAUGUUGGGAUUCUUGCAGUUAGUUUUGUUUUUAAAUUUGUUCUGCUUUUGGAGGAUUUCUAUUGGUUUGUUGUGAAUUUAUAUUACAUAAUUUGGGUGAUUGUUUUUAUUAGAUUUGCACUUUAUUUUGUGAUUGUUUAGGGACUAGUUGUGAAAUAAUAUGUUAAGUAUCUGAAACUGUGUGUAAAAACUUAGGAGAAAUCUUAGAAUGUUGUUUACUGUGCUGUAAAUGA